UUUUUCUUGAAUGUUUGUUUCUUGAAUGGUGUCUCUGUGUUGGUAACAUUGUGUGAUUCAGCUCUGUUUCUAGAAAGGAGUAUUUUUGCAAUAUUGCAGUCUCGCCUUGAACCUCAGUGGUCCUCCAGCCAUUAUUAUAUCCCUGUGUUCUCCUUUCACACUGAAGAAGUAAUGAAUUUAAAAAAACUCAUGGCUGGUUAUUGAAGCCACCGGUUUGAUGUUAAAUUUGAGAGAUGGCUGAGUUUCCUGCCAGAAACCAAACCAUAGAAACACAGGGUACAGAAGGCAAGCACAUGCAAAGUCAAAUCAAAUUUUAUUUGUAUAGCGUAUUUUACAGCAGUUGUCACAAUAUGCUUUACAGACCUGGUCUAGACCCCCACAGAAGCAAGCCUAAGGCAACAGUGGUGAGGAAAGACCCCCUGUGGCAGAUGGGAAGAAGUAACGACUAAACCUCAUUGGGUUGAAAAUUAAAACUUAUGAUAGUUUCUUCUGUCCAGGUUCACACUAAAUUUUUGCUGGGCAGUAGAAAAACAUUUUACUUUUCAACCUAAUUAGGCAUUUUUGUAGGAGUUGAAGAUUCAGCCAGCCCUUAUUGCAUAGAAGAUAACAAGUAAUGUUGAAUAGCAUAGAAAACAUAAUUUCAAAACCUGUGAAAUACAAGAUGGUAAUAAUGAUGUGGAUAAAAACGUUAGCCCGUCUGUAGCACACUCGCUUCAAUGCCAAGCCUCGUCAGUACGGCCAUGGCAAGCAAGCUCUUUAGGUAGAGCGUGAUGGACUUUCACCCUACUUACAGCCCUAACAAAAACCUGCCCCCGCACCUUUGUCAGUUAAGAUUAAACACUUGUGGUCUAAAUUGUUUCACGGACCAGAACCAGGAAACGUGCAGCAUCGCAGAGGUUACACAGAUCACGGCUUGCAGCGUAACUAACGUAUGCUUAUGGAUGCUGAUUAGGAGACCUGUUGAACAUUUGUAGAGUGUUCAGCACAGAAUGUUGAAAAUGUUUUAAGAUCAUUAUUUAUGGCUGCUAAAGUUGGCUUUGCAAAGCUUUAUGGUUGCUAAAGUUAGCUUUCCAGAGUGAUCAAUGAUAGAUAUUCCAAGAUCCAGUGAUAAAAUGGUGCAGUGUGUGACAGAACAGCCCUUCCUUCCCUGGCUAAGACAGUAAAGCUUCAUAACAAUUCCUCCCAUUUUUGAAUACCUGGCCUCAGUCCAAUGCCACUCCUUCUGUGAACAGAACGAGGAAACCGGUUUGCUUCCUUCCACCCUGUUUCAGAAUAAAUGAAACUGAACUACACAGAAACCAAAUAAAAACUGCCUGCCGUUCUCCUGGUGUGUGGAUAAAAUGACUGACUCUAGCAUCCCUGUGGAGCAGGAUGAGUUAAGCUGUCCAGUCUGUCUGGAUUUGUUUAAUAAUCCGGUGACUGUUCCCUGUGGACAUAGUUUCUGCAUGAAUUGCAUUAGACGUUGCUGGGAUAGGGAGGAUGGUACAGGAAUCUAUCACUGCCCCCAGUGCCAACAGACUUUCCAGUCCAGACCUGUUCUGGGCAAGAACAUAGUGCUGGCCAACUUGGUGGAGGAAAAAAACCAGUGCGGACCUGGACCUGGACCUGGACCAGGACUCGGACCUGGAACCGGACUCGGACUUGGACCUGGAACUGAAUUCGGACUCGGACUUGAACCUGUCUGGUGCGACGUGUGCCCCAAGGGAAUGCAGCUAGCCGUGAAAUCCUGCCUGCAGUGCCUGGCGUCCUACUGCAAAGCUCACCUGGAUCCACAUAACGAAUCCCCAGCACUAAAAAAGCACCAGCUGACCGAAAGCACGACACACCUGCAGGAUUUGGUCUGUGCUGUCCACAGAGAACCGCUGAAGGUUUACUGCCGCACCGACCAACGAUGCGUCUGUCUCCUGUGCACGAUGGACCAGCACAAACAUCACGACACAGUCUCUGCUGUGGCCGAAUGCGCUGAGAGGCAGAAAUCAGCACAGACAAAUUUCCAGAAAUGGAUCCAGGAGAGAGAGAAGAAGCUGCUGGAUACUAGACAGGCAGAGCAUUUGCUCACACACGCUGCUCGGACAGCAGUAGAGGAGAGUGAGAGGCUCUUUGCUGAUAUCAUCCACUCCAUUGAAGGACAGCGCUCAAGGGUAAAGGAGCUGAUCCUGUGUGAACAGAGGGAUGCACUGGUCCCUGUCAAAAGCCUGCAGGAGAGACUGGAGCAGGAGAUCACUCAGCUGAGAGGGAGGGAUGCUGAGCUUCAGAAACUAGUACAAAUGGAGGACCCCAUCUGUUUUCUCCAGCGCUGGGGGUUUCUCUCUACCGAUCCUGGGCCCUGUAUUGUACCAGGAGUCACUGCAGUUCCAAACCUCUCCUUCCAGUUUGUAAGCAAAGCUGUUUCUGAGCUGAGAGACCAACUGGAGACCGUCUGCCAGGAUAAAUUUGACAAGUUAUCAGAAAAAGUCUCCAGAGUGAAUAAAGUGUCUGCUCCUCCAUCUCGAAAGCACAGGACCAGAGCAGAGUCACCAUCGACUUCCACAAGCAGAACAGAACUGCGGAAACUCAGAUCUGGGGAGACAGGAAAUGGUUGUGGGCCCCGUGCGACUAAAGUGCAAAUUCUGGAAAGUCCUGAAUCAUUGCCAGAGCCUAGGACCAGAGAAGAGUUCUUAAAAUACGCCUGUGAGCUCACGCUCGACCCCAACACGGCACACGCACAGCUGCUUCUCUCGGACCGUGACAGAGAGAAGUCAGCACAGACAAAUUUCCAGAAAUGGAUCCAGGAGAGAGAGAAGAAGCUGCUGGAUACUAGACAGGCAGAGCAUUUGCUCACACACGCUGCUCGGACAGCAGUAGAGGAGAGUGAGAGGCUCUUUGCUGAUAUCAUCCACUCCAUUGAAGGACAGCGCUCAAGGGUAAAGGAGCUGAUCCUGUGUGAAGAGAGGAAUGCACUGGUCCCUGUCAAAAGCCUACAGGAGAGACUGGAGCAGGAGAUCACUCAGCUGAGACAGAGUGAUGCUGAGCUUCAGAAACUAGCACAAAUGGAGGACCCCAUCUCUUUUCUCCAGCGCUGGAGGUUUCUCUCUACCGAUCCUGGGCCCUGUAUUGUACCAGGAGUCACUGCAGUUCCAAACCUCUCCUUCCAGUUUGUAAGCAAAGCUGUUUCUGAGCUGAGAGACCAACUGGAGACCGUCUGCCAGGAUAAAUUUGACAAGUUAUCAGAAAAAGUCUCCAGAGUGAAUGAAGUGUCUGCUCCUCCAUCUCGAAAGCACAGGACCAGAGCAGAGUCACCAUCGACUUCCACAAGCGGAACAGAACUGCGGCAACUCAGAUCUGGGGCGACAGGAAAUGGUUGUGGGCCCCGUGCGACUAAAGUGCAAAUUCUGGCGAGUCCUAAAUCAUUGCCAGAGCCUAGGACCAGAGAAGAGUUCUUAAAAUACGCCUGUGAGCUCACGCUCGACCCCAACACGGCACACGCACAGCUGCUUCUCUCUGACCGUGACAGAGAGGCGAAGUGGGUGAAAGAGAAGCAAAGGUAUCCAAAUGGCCCGGAGAGAUUUGACAAGUGUCAGGUGCUCUGCAGCGAGGCCCUGUCAGGGAGACGCUGUUACUGGGAGGUCGAAGUGAGGGGGAAUAAGGCGGAAAUAGCGGUCACGUACGAAGGGAUUAAGAAGAAAGGUGGGCGCCGAGGCGCUUCAUUUGGCGGGAAUGAUAAGUCCUGGAGUCUGGAUUGCAUAAAUGGAGCCUACUCCAUUUGCCACAACGAUCAUGAGACCAAGUUAGCUGUCCCAUACUGUUCUAAGGUAGGGGUGUACCUGGAUCACCCAGCUGGCACGCUGUCAUUUUACUGUGUCUCUGACACCAUGAGCCUCAUACACAGGGUGGAGACUAAGUUCACUGAGCCUGUGUAUGCUGGGUUUUGGAUUGGGGAACAGUGUAGUGUGAAACUCAUGGCCCUUGCCCAUCACCGUAACGUACAGCGCUGCCCCUGGUUGUGAAACCGAGAUCAUGGCUUCUGGAUGCGUUUCCAUCGCCAGCAGAAGUGUACCGUGUAUAGUCCUCGGAACUGAAUUUCGCUGCUCCUCCAGAGAGUGAAACAUCAUACGCUGAGCAAACCAACUGCCAUUUUUAAACAGCUGGUUAUGCAAUCCUAGUGCUGCCAGUGUCAGAUGGCUCAUCCAGCCAAAUCACAGUGUAAGUAGGUAUCUGUUGUUUAACAUAAUCUUUACUGUCCCAGCAUUAGGGAGUUGUAAAUAGGAGAAAAAAAAACAGGCAGCUCCACAAACGGUGAUAAAUAAGACACAGGCAACAGAACGUUGUUGGAUGUCAGCUGUGACUGAAAUUAAAUCAGAAA